AAGAAUACACGUACAACAAUGAGUAUGACGAAUCCGGGGCAGUGCAACGUCUCCGUUUCUUCAAGGCGGCAGCACUCUUCAGGUGACGUCGCAACAUACGCAUCGCAAUGAAGCAUCUAUCUGGCCUGUUCGUCCUCAUCGUCGUGGCUUGCGUUCACGCCAUUCCGGAAACAACGCAAUUGAUGUGCUCGAAACCACCGGUCCUCGGCUACUGCCUGCCCUUAAAAAACGUUUGGUAUUAUCACUAUAACAGCAAUGCAUGCGUAAAAUACAAGGACACCGAAUGCGGCGUUGGAUACAACCAGUUCAUAUCGAAAGAAAAAUGUGACGAAGCUUGCCAACGCCCGACAGGACAGAAGCAAGAGCUGUGUUUAAGGAACACGAUUACUGGCAGCUGUCAACCAAAAACGCGUGCUUGGUAUCAUGAUCCUCAAGAUGGCUUCUGUAAAAUGUUCAACCACGGUGAAUGCGGAAGAGGUGCGAACCAUUUCGCAACAGAGCAGAAAUGUCUCGAGACUUGCAAACCACCUGGCCAGCGAAAAGUUGUGUGCAGCCUGCCUCAAAGCCCAGGAGUUUGCUACUUCGUGUUGUAUCGCUUCUUUUUCGAUCCCAAAAGGAAUAAUUGUUUUCUGAUUAAAGGAAAGAGUUGUGGCAAAAACGACAACGCUUUCGUUUCGCAUGAAGACUGCAUGAAAAGAUGUAGCCAUCCCAAAACGCCGAAACCCUGUUUCAAUUGUGGCAGCAAAAAUAAAGGCCAGCAAACUAAAGGCCCUUAUGGAGUGAAGGGCUGAUGACGACGCUAAUGGAGAAUUUUUUGUCACGUUGACCUUAUGCACAACAUGUUACAAUUGGACUGAGUAUUGAUAGCGACUGGACCGGGAAAUAGGAUUGGACCGGGAAACUUGGCGACUGUCUACGUUGUCAGUGCGCUUUGUUUCAAUCCUUAAGCUGUGCAUUAAUACACAAAUAGUACUGACAGACAUCUUUGAGGUUAUAAAUAAAAUUGGCGGAAUAAAUACAAGUGCAUGAAUCCAAGA